GUGGACUUAACCGGGCGGAAGUCGGGGCCCUGGCUAGUUCUGAGUGGUUGCGGAGAGCCGUGAAAAGUGUUUUAAUAACAAAAUAUUAAAACAGUCGGUGUGCGAAUCCGGCUUCAUGUUCUCUGGAAAUAACACAUAUUAUUUUCCAGCGUAGCACGUGUUUCCUAGUGACAGAGCAGCAGCCGGCUGGGAAGCCUUCGCUUCGGAAGGUGGGCUCGAGUCGAGGUGCAGGUCCAGGUCCAGGUCCAGGAAACGCCCGGCGCGCGGCGGGGUCCUCGGACCGAGAGCCUAAGCGCUUAUUUCCCGGCGGGGUUCAGUAAACGUUCAGAAUCAAUGAACACUGUGACUGUCUGUCUGUGUGUCUAUCUUCGCUCCCUAGUAUUUGUAAUUAUCACUACUAGUGUCACUUUGUAAGCGUUCACUACUGCUCACUUGUGCUCAUUGAUGUGUGCUUGGUCGCUAGCUUUUAAUCAUUUUUAAUUGUUUUCAUACUGGUCACCUGCUCCUGUUCAGUGAUGACGUUCAUUACUGGUCACUAGUCUGCGCUCACGUGCACUGGCUUUCAGUACAGACAGUCUGUGUGUAUUGAUCGUUGAUGGUGUCCCUGUCACCGUCGCUGUUGUCGCUGAGGGUCUAGUGAAGCCUUGCUAUACUGGGAAGAAGGUAGCGUGGUUUGUACCCUCAGAUGCAAGUCCAGAAUGUUUGCUGCCCUUCAGCUUCCUCCUUGGUUCUCUUAAGCUUCCCCAGAGCAGCACCUGUUCCCCGUGGAGAAGCCCAGCCUGGCCCUCCAGUGCCAAGUUUACCCAUCACCGAUCGCAUCUGGCCUGAUCCCCUGUCAGGCUUUUUGUCCAGGGUAGCCUCUGCUCAGCUCCAUGGCAGGUCGGGGAGGACAGGCUAGAUCCAACGGGCCUGCGGGGGGUAACAAGAUCUGCCAGUUCAAGCUGGUGCUCCUGGGGGAGUCGGCAGUGGGCAAGUCCAGCCUGGUGCUGCGCUUCGUCAAGGGUCAGUUCCAAGAGUACCAGGAGAGCACCAUCGGAGCGGCCUUCCUUACACAGACGGUAUGUUUGGACGACACAACCGUGAAGUUUGAGAUCUGGGACACGGCUGGUCAGGAGCGAUACCACAGCUUGGCACCCAUGUACUACAGAGGGGCCCAGGCGGCCAUCGUGGUGUACGACAUCACUAACGCGGACUCAUUUGCACGAGCAAAGAACUGGGUGAAGGAGCUCCAGCGACAAGGAAGCCCAUACAUCGUGAUCACCCUGGCCGGCAACAAGGCUGACCUUGCCAGCAAGAGAGAGGUUGACUUACAGGAAGCACAAGCGUAUGCAGACGACAACAGCCUGCUCUUCAUGGAGACCUCGGCCAAGACAGCCAUGAACGUGAACGACAUCUUUAUGGCCAUAGCUAAGAAACUGCCGAAGAGCGAGCCGCAGGGGGGAGCAGGGCCGGGAGGCCGAGCCCAUGGUGCGGUGGACCUGCAGGACGCGACCCCUGAGCACCGCAGCGGCCAGUGCUGUAGCGCAGGCAACUAGAUGAGCGUCCAGGUCCGGCGUCACCGAGACUAAAGCAAGUCAGAAGGAGGGAGGAAAUGUCGAGGCGCCCUUAACAGAGCCUUAAAAUGCUCACCGUUGUUCUGUUUGGAGCAUUUUUGUACUUACUGUAAGCUGAAGGAGAAUGUACAGGGCCUCCUCCCUUACAUAUACAGACACACCUGCAGCCUCUGCACCCUGUUCCUUUAUAAAUACUAAUUCAGUUGUGUCUUGAGUCACUGUACAAAAUGAAGCAACAUGUUUUCAUGAUCAAAAUUGC